AUGUUACAAAUUCAACAAUUUGGUAAUGGGGGUCUUAAUAAGACCAGUACCCAUAGCCUUCCAUCAUUUAAUGAACUAAUUACGGCCAUUCCACUUCCAAACGAUUUUUUAUCGUCAUCGUCUCCACCUCCUCAUAGUACAACCCCUCCAUCAAAUUCCACUCCAUUUCCCGAAUAUUAUCAAUUCCAACCAAUUCGUCAAGAAAUAAGACCCAAAUUCCCCAUUUCAAAUCCACCUUCAUUUGACGCACAAUACCCCCGCCGUGAAAGCUUUUCGCCUGCCCCUCACCUGCCACUUUCAAGCCUCGGGUCCUCGGCGACUACCCCCGAAGAUCUAGUGGUGCUGCUGGCGGCGGCCGCACCUCCUGUGACGAAACGCACAACCAAGACGCAGGUUGUGGCGCGAGAUGUAGGCGUGACAAGCCGCAAGCAUAUUUGUAAGUGGUGUCACCGGUCGUUUACGACACUGGGUCAUUUGGCCCGCCAUAAUAGGAUACAUACAGGUGAACGCAAGCAUAAUUGUCCAUGGCCGCUGUGCGAUGCAAAGUUUGCCAGGCAGGAUAAUUGUAUGCAACAUUACAAGUCGCACACCAAUAACAAAAAGAGGAAGAGACAUACACACUAA